AUGGCAAAGAGGAAGGUAGAAGUGCAAAGGACAGUGUAUUAUGCUCAUGGUGAUUAUAGUGGAAAGAGCAGCUUGAAAGUUCAUAUUGCUAUCUUGAAAAUUGCUGAACGUCUUCCAGAAGGUGUGCAACAACUGACCUUGCUACUGCUCAAACUCGCCGGAAACGAGAAAAUCAUAAUCGGUAUUAACAGUGAUCAUUUCAAAAGAAAAAAGCUCUUCGAUGUGAUUUUUGGCUUUUGGUCGAGAGCUGACAUGCAAUAUGUCGUUACUCAUAACUCGCGAACUGCUGACCUUAGGACUGGGGCAGCAUUUACUACGUCUGUAGUAUUACAAUAA